CAGAGAGCAGAUCAGGGCAGAUACUUUCUUUACCGAACCACAGUCUCCUUCUAUUCAGCCGUGGUUUCUAACCCAGAUGGUCACCGCAGCUUAAAAAAGACAAAAGGCAUGCCCUCGUUUAGACGAAUGCAAAGCGGCCAAGUUGACUUCAUUGCACAUGAUGAUUAUAACAAUGAUUGUAAUGUACGUGGGUUAUUUUGUGAGAGAGUGAGUUGAUGUUAAUAAACUUAAAAGCAUAGUUGAAGUCGCAUUGUGAGAAUCAAAACCAGCUUUUUUUUGUUUGUUUGUUUACUAUAAUAUGGGCCUUUCCCUGCCAAAACAAAAUGCAUUUUGCUGUGGAAUUCAGUAUAUUUCAUGUCUUCCAUAUUUACUUGUAUAUGUCCAGUCUGAUCUGUUCUGGUUGAACCUGAUGUACAGAGUCAGCCAAAAUAAUGUACACACACAUCAGGAAAAAAGGGUAAUGCCAUCUGUUGGGAAAACAUCGUACAACAGUACGCAGUGUUAUUGUAAUUUGAACUUCGAAAGAGGUAUCUAUAUGUAUAGAAGCCACUUUUUUUUCCACCACAGUGAAAUCUUUUCAGCAGAAUUAAACUCCCAUAAUAACCUUGCAGUUAAUUGUGCAUGUGUGCCCAGGUAGAUUUCAAAAGGCAACAGCCAGGCUGUGAGGCUGUAUUUAGUCACAGCAUAGCUAUAAGUGAACAUGCUCGCAAUGACAAUGCCAACGUGCUGAUGUUCAGCAGAUGAUUAAAAACAAAGUUUGCUGGUUCAAAGCUGGCAGCUCAGGAUAUAUAGAAAGUUUGGGAAAAGGCUAUGACAAAUAGCAUGUGAGCACAAGCAACAACACCUAAAUCCAGACAGAGAAGAGAGACAGAAGCACUCAGUAUACAAAGAGUGAUAGCACAAUAUUGAAAUCCAGCUAUUUUCUCUCAUUUAAAAAUAGCUAAUGCUGACAUUGCUACACUACAUCAUCACAAUAAUUUUAGUUCUUAUUUUCUUCUUAUUUCUCAAAUAAUCCAGUUCUGUUAUUUCCCUCCAGUGUCCCUCCUUUUUCCUCUUGACUCCAAGUUCAUGAAGCAGAUUACAAACCCCUUGCUAAGUUAUAGCAUUUCAAAUUUUCUGAAAUUCUCUGGGGACCAUGACUGUUGGUACAGACUUUUAUGUCUAUCCUUCUGAUAGAUGUUGAUAGAUUUCACAGGAUACGUGAAAACUUUGGCCCGUUGGUGCCGUUAGAGGAAAAGUCAGGGAAUUCAAGUCUUUAGGCUUUAUCAUCUUGGGAUCAUGAAUGUACAAAAUAUCACAGCAAUCCAUCUAAUGGUUGUUGUUUUGGAGUAAAGUGGCAGAUCAACAUUGCCAAAUAUAGAUGCCUUGCCGCUAGCUUGGCUAACAAAAGCCCAGCUUGUAGCUGGCAGUGAAGUGAAGAGGUCAUUAUACAUGCAACAGUGGCACUCUGUCCAUCAGCAUGCAAGGCCUGCAGAAACAUACUUUUUCCAUAAAUUCCAUUACGGGACUUGUUAAAAAACAACAACACAGAGCCGAAACAUAAAAAGCAUACUGUACUCUGAGCUGUUUAUACAUUGCUUUGGCCGUGGUUCAGCUUACAGUGUAAUUAAUGCUGUUUUCUCCGUAAACCUGUGUCAAACAGCCUUCUGUCCUCUCAAGAUCACAUCAUUCACAUUUCCUUUCUUCUCUGUAACACACCUCCUCCUCACCCAUCACCUCCACUCCUUUCCUCUCUCCCCUCCCCUUUUGAACCUUGCCUCUAUCCACGCCUCUACCCUGUUCCUCGCUCCUUCCUCCUGCCUCUUCUUCUCCUCUCCCGUCUUUCCUAAUUUUGGAGGAUAGCAGGAUGGAGGACAGGGUGUGGACUGUAUGCCUUCUUGUCAUUGUGGCAAUCGGAUGGACUGAGGCUCAGAGUCAGACCAACUACACAAGGCCCGUCUUCCACUGUGGAGGCCACCUGGUCACAGACUCAGGCAUCGUGGCCAGCGAAGGAUUUCCCAGUUACUACAAACCUAACAGUAAAUGCACCUGGUACAUUACGGUCCCAGAGGCUCAUGUGGUCAUGCUGUCUUUCCGCCUCUUCGACAUGGAGGCUGACCCCACCUGUCGGUACGACUACCUGGACGUGUACAACGGGCAUUCCCGCUUGGCGCAGAAGCUGGGUCGUUUCUGCGGGACGUUUCGGCCCGGUGCCCUAAUCGCCACCUCCAACACCAUGAUGUUAGAGAUGGUGUCAGAUGACGCCACAGGUGGAAGAGGCUUUCUGGCUUCCUUCACUGCAGGGAAGCCACAUGUGGAAGAGAACCAGUUUUGUGGAGGACGGCUGACCAAAUCACAGGGGUCUGUCAAGACGCCCAACUGGCCCAACUCUAAUUACCCGGCAGGCAUCAGCUGCUCCUGGCAUAUCUCUGUCGAACCAAGCAAUGUGAUUGAGGUGAAGUUUGUGAAGCUGGACUUGGAGUCUGACACAUACUGUCGCUACGACUAUGUAGCAUUGUUUAACGGGGGAGAGAGGGAUAACUCACGGCGGAUUGGGAGAUUCUGCGGAGACAGGCCACCAGGAACUAUAGUUACGAAUGGGAAUGAGCUCCUUGUCCAGUUUGUGUCCGACCUCAGCGUCACCUCAGAUGGCUUCAUGGCCCACUACUCCAGUGUGCCCCGUGGGUCUCGGACUCCCACAACCGGGGGGGAUUUCAUCUAUGGACCUCAUACCACCUCAAUGCCACAAAAAACAAGCAAACCCACCAAACCACCCCCCAAACCUAGACCUAGCCUCCAGCCUAAACCCACUCCAAAACCAACCAAAAAAACACUGGUGAAGAAACCGCUGAAACCUCCACCUCGCAAGCCUAUCGUCAAGCCCACAGCUAAACCCAAACCAGCUAAACCCACACCUAAGCCACCUAUGAAAAAGCCUACACCUAAACCUGGAGCUAAACCUACACCCAGACCUAAGAUUAUUAAGCCAACACUCAAACCAACCAUUAAGGCUAAACCCACACGUAAGCCUGCACUGAAGACCAAACCCACCUCAAAACCUUCUGUCAAACCAGUAAAGCCGACCUCUAAGAGUAGAGUUAAACCAACAGUCAAACCAAAGAUUAAAGCUAAAGUGACACCCAAACCUGGAGUAAGCAAGACAGCGACCAGGAAGCCUGUCGUGAGCACGAAACCUUUACCACUGAACCCACUGUGUACACAAGCCUGUAAGAGGACAGGAACUCUCCAAUCCAGCUUCUGUCCUCAUGACUUCGUGAUUACCGGUAAGAUUAUCUCUUUAACCACUGGUCCCAGAGGCUCAGCUGAACUGGAAGUGUCCUUAAUCAAGGCCUAUAAGACAGGACGUCUGAAUAUCACCAAAUCAGGCCCCGCCUUGUCAGUCACACUGACCUCCACCUGCAAAAAAUGCCCUGGGCUUACCAAAGGCCAGAACUACGUGUUGAUGGGAAAAGUGGAUGAACAGGGCAACGGGCACCUCACCCCGUCCAGCUUCACACUCCUGUAUAAGCCCAUCCAUGCCAAAGCACUGGCAAGCCUCUCACGCAAACCAUGCUGAUGUCACAGCUCAGCCCAUCAAUCAGGUUGAUAGCCCUGAUUAUCUCUCUGAAAACAUGUAACUUUACAUAAAGUGUGAGAACACUUUAAGUAACAUUCAGAUACAGUUUUUUACAUAACACAAUACUGUUGCAAAAAUUAAGUAAAUGUACAACACUCAAUAUUGUAUUUUGUAUUUUCUAUGUAAAUUUACUAUUUCUGUGACAAAAGACUGAUCUCAAAUAAACCAUUUGAUGUUUGUACUUAACUUUUAAUACCACAUAAUUCCAUUUGACUUAGCAUUACUAUUAUUUGCAGGAUAACACAAGGUAUGGUAAUAUUGCAUUUAUUUACUGACAUACUAUUUAUAUCCACACAGAAAUUGAUAUAAAAAACAGAUUAAAUCCAUGCUGGUGUUAACUUUUAUUGAGACUCUUUAGGUUGUUACGUUGGACUCGUUAUCACACUUGGAUGCAUGCAGGCAGCAGCUGCAGCAGCAGAGCAAGGCUGUUAAAAUGUAGGUCACGUUGGUGGACCAGAAGGCAAACAGAUUGAGUGUCUUGUCACAGUAAGGAUCCAAAAUUGUUAUUGUGUUAUUGUAGUUGGGUUCAUAGAUUGAGUAGAUCCACACAUUACCUGCAACACAGAACAAGAUGCCAGUGGUACACUGUGUUUGUCUAUAAAGACUGGUUUUAUUUCUGUUCUCCUCGUCACAGAUAUUGGAUUUGAAGCUGUCCAUGUAAUGAUAAGAACAAAUUAUGAUUUUCCAGUCUCACCACCUUCUGUAAGCAUGGCAUUUAUCUUUACAAAUCACUUCUUUUAGUCAGUCUACUGCUGCAGUUUUUGAACUUUGGGGAAGUGAGUGUAAAAUGAUGCACAUGAUUUAAGCUAAUACAAGCUGAAUAAAUAUUAAAGGAUGGGUGUCAGGAUGUUGGAAACUCUUGAAAAGAACAAAGUGAACAAUUCUUUAAUCCUACAAUAUUUCUUGCCUUCAGCCAAAUCUUGACACUCAUAUACACAAUAUAGAAAAAAAUACUGGGAUGGGGCUGUUGUUCAGCGGUUGGGCUCGACAAUGCUAUGCUUUGUGGCAACAGUUUGGGGAAGGCCCUUUUCUAUUCCAACAUGACUGUGCCCCAGUGCCCAAAGCAAAGCUCCAUAAAGACAUGGUUGGAUGAGUUUGGU